GACGCCGGGGCUACCGGAGGUGGCGGGGCCCCCCCGGCUGCCAGCGCCCUCGGUCCCCGCUGACCCCUGCAGCCGCCGCGGUGGGGGAUGUGGCACGUCGCGGUGCCGCUGGGGUGUAGCUUGUUCCUGAUGCCGCUGUUUGUCGCCGAGUUUUGAAGAGAUUUAUUGGCUGGCUCUUGCUAAACCACGCUUGAGUAAUCCGAGCUGCUGCGCGCCGUGGUGAAGCCCGGAGGGGGGGAACGUCACUCCCUCUGGCAGCGGAGAAACAUUAGUCUUCCAGCCCUCAAACCACCACUACAGCGUCGGAAACUGCCGGGUCACAGCCAUUUGCUUUGGAAAAUUGGCGAUGUUUGGUGCUAGAGAUCGAUUACCCUUGUAAUCUUUCCCCACCCGCCACCUCCUCCUGCUUACCCCACCCCUACCCGCCCCAGACAAUAGCGUCCGAGCUCCUCCAGGAAAAAAAUAGAAAAGAAAGCAAGGAGAGAAAGAAAGAAAGAAAAAGAAAGAAACUGGGGGAUGAAUCUGACUCCAAUAGGAAAAGCGUGUCUCUAGAAGUGGUGCUAAUGGGAAGAGAUUUCCGAGCUCCAGAGGACGAUGAUUUGUCACAAAGGGUAGCUGGCUCGGUGCUUUGGGCUGGAGCCGUGUAGGAGAUCCUUGGAGAAGUCAUUGUGCACAGAAAACCGAAGACCUGUACAAACAUGCCUGUUCGCAGAGGUCAUGUGGCACCACAAAAUACAUUUUUGGGUACAAUUAUACGAAAAUUUGAAGGGCAAAAUAAAAAAUUCAUCAUUGCUAAUGCUAGAGUGCAGAAUUGUGCUAUCAUCUACUGCAAUGAUGGGUUCUGUGAGAUGACCGGGUUCUCCAGGCCAGAUGUCAUGCAGAAACCUUGCACCUGUGAUUUUCUUCAUGGGCCAGAGACCAAAAGACAUCAUAUUGCCCAAAUUGCUCAAGCCCUGCUGGGGUCAGAGGAAAGAAAAGUAGAAGUCACCUAUUAUCACAAAGAUGGAUCUACCUUCAUUUGCAACACCCACAUAAUUCCAGUGAAAAAUCAAGAGGGAGUAGCAAUGAUGUUUAUUAUUAAUUUUGAGUAUGUAACAGAUGAAGAGAAUGUGACAUCUCCUGAGAAGUGCAAGCCAAUAUUACCAUCGAAACUUGUAAAUCGCAGACUUUUUGGGCUCCGGCUACCUGGAUUGAGACUUCUGACCUACAGAAAGCAGUCCUUACCCCAGGAAGACCCCGAUGCUGUCAUAAUCGAUUCAUCCAAGCACAGCGACGACUCAGUGGCAAUGAAGCACUUUAAAUCACCUACUAAAGAAAGCUGCAGUCCCUCAGAAGUGGAUGAUACAAAAGCACUGAUUCAACACAGUAAAUGUUCACCUUUGGUUAAUAUAUCUGGACCUCUUGACCACUCAUCGCCCAAGCAGCAGUGGGACAGACUUUACCCUGACAUGAUACAGACAAGCAAUCCACUAACCCAUUCCAGAUCAAAGGAAAGUAUUUGCAGUAUACGGAGAGCCUCUUCGGUACAUGACAUAGAAGGCUUUAAUGUCCAUCCCAAGAACAUUUUUAGGGACCGUCACGCAAGUGAAGACAAUGGUCGCAAUGUCAAAGUUUCACGUUCCUGGAUGGCAGGGGGGCCUUUUAAUCAUAUCAAGUCAAGUCUGUUGGGAUCCACAUCGGAUUCAAAUCUCAACAAAUAUAGUACAAUCAACAAAAUUCCUCAACUCACACUGAACUUUUCAGAUAUCAAAAGUGAAAAAAAAUCUUCAUCUCCUCCUUCUUCAGAGAAAGCAAUUAUUGCACCUAAGGUGAAAGACCGAACGCACAAUGUAACAGAGAAAGUUACACAGGUUCUAUCCUUAGGGGCUGAUGUUCUACCAGAAUAUAAACUCCAGACACCUCGCAUCAACAAGUUUACUAUAUUGCACUACAGUCCUUUCAAAGCCGUCUGGGACUGGCUCAUUUUGUUGCUGGUCAUAUACACUGCCAUAUUCACCCCCUACUCUGCUGCCUUCCUUCUGAACGACAGUGAGGAUCGGAAGAGGAGAGAGUGUGGAUAUUCCUGCAGCCCACUGAAUGUUGUAGACUUAAUUGUGGAUAUUAUGUUUAUCAUUGACAUUCUAAUAAACUUCAGAACAACAUAUGUAAACCAGAAUGAAGAAGUGGUAAGUGAUCCAGCAAAAAUAGCAAUUCACUACUUCAAAGGCUGGUUCCUAAUUGACAUGGUUGCUGCAAUACCUUUUGACCUGCUGAUUUUUGGCUCUGGCUCUGAAGAGACAACUACAUUAAUAGGCCUUCUGAAGACAGCUAGACUGCUGCGUUUGGUGAGGGUAGCACGGAAACUGGACAGAUACUCCGAAUAUGGUGCUGCAGUUCUGAUGCUCCUCAUGUGCAUAUUUGCACUAAUUGCACACUGGCUUGCUUGCAUUUGGUAUGCCAUUGGAAAUGUAGAAAGACCUUACUUGGCUCACAAGAUUGGUUGGUUGGAUUCUUUAGGAGAACAACUAGGAAAGCAUUACAAUAAGAGUGAUGCAAGCUCUGGACCAUCUAUCAAGGACAAAUAUGUUACAGCACUUUAUUUUACCUUCAGCAGUCUGACAAGUGUAGGAUUUGGAAAUGUGUCUCCAAACACCAACUCAGAGAAAAUCUUUUCCAUCUGUGUCAUGUUGAUUGGCUCAUUAAUGUACGCUAGCAUUUUUGGAAACGUAUCCGCAAUAAUCCAAAGGCUCUACUCGGGAACUGCACGGUACCACAUGCAGAUGCUGCGAGUGAAGGAGUUCAUCCGCUUCCAUCAGAUCCCAAACCCUCUGCGGCAGCGCCUGGAGGAAUACUUCCAGCAUGCGUGGACAUACACCAAUGGCAUUGACAUGAACAUGGUCCUGAAGGGAUUUCCAGAAUGCUUACAAGCUGACAUUUGUCUGCACCUCAACCAAAAUUUGCUUCAGAAUUGCAAAGCUUUCCGGGGGGCCAGUAAAGGCUGUCUUCGAGCUUUGGCUAUGAAAUUUAAGACAACACAUGCACCUCCUGGAGACACUUUAGUGCACUGUGGAGAUGUUCUCACUGCUCUUUAUUUUGUGUCAAGAGGCUCCAUUGAAAUCCUUAAGAGUGACAUUGUUGUAGCCAUUCUUGGGAAAAAUGAUAUUUUUGGAGAGAUGGUACAUCUUUAUGCAAAACCAGGAAAGUCAAAUGCAGAUGUGAGAGCUUUAACUUACUGUGACUUACAUAAGAUCCAGAGAGAAGAUCUACUUGAAGUUUUGGAUAUGUACCCUGAAUUUUCUGAUCUCUUCCUUACCAAUCUGGAGCUAACUUUUAAUCUGAGAGAUGAAACUGCAAAGUCUGACCUCGUAAUAAGAUCACAAACUACCAAUGAUACGGAUGGAGAUAACUGCAAAAUACGGAGACGGAAAUUGUCCUUCCAAAGUGAAAUAGAGAAAGAUUAUUUCAAAGAGAAUGAUCAGAGUGAUCCUGAACCCUCAGGAGACAGUACCAGAUACUAUCAAUCUAUUAAGAAACAUUUUGAGGAGAAAAAAAGCGGGUCAUCAUCUUUUGUGUCCUCCAUUGAAGAUGAGCAAAAGCCCCUGUUCUCUGGGAUAGCUGAUUACCCAUCUGUAACAGAGAAAACCACAGAGAUGGACUUUGAAGAAAUGGAUCAUGACACAGAAGAAAUUCUUAUUGACAAAAGAAGCACUUCUUGCAAAGACAUCAACAAAAGAAACUGGGAGCAGGAGAACAUCCAGGAGUACCAGGACUCCCCAGUUCAGCCAGCAUUAUCCCAUGUUACAUGGGGAAUCUGUGAAACUGAAAGUGAUUUUAUAUAUGGGGAAGUGGAGAAUCGAUUAGAUUUACUUCAAGAGCAACUUAACAGGCUUGAAUCCCAAAUGACUGCUGAUAUCCAAACCAUCCUGCAGCUUCUGCAAAGGCAGUCAACACUCAUUCCACCUGCCUAUAGCAUGGUGACAGCAAGUGCAGAGUAUCAAGAGCCAGCAGUCCGGGUCAUACAAAAGCUUCAGCCUGCAGCAUCAAUUAAAACAGACAGAAGUUUCAGUCCUUCAUCUCAGUGUCCUGAAAUUUCAGAUGUUGAAAAAUCAAAACUGAAAUCCAAAGAAUCCUCUAGCGGAGUGCAUCUGAGCACAGCCUCAGAAGACAACCUGGCUUCUUUUUUAGACCAAGAACGUGACCAGUCUGUAGAGCCACCCCCACAGCCUUGUAAAACUUGUCUCCCUCCAAUUAGGCACCCUUCCUUGCCAGAAUCUUCACUAAGCACUGUAGGAAUCUUGAGUCUUCAUAGGCAUGUUUCUGAUCCUGGUCUUCCUGGGAAAUAGUACUUUUAUACUAUUACUUCACAUAAAAAUGUAAGUGCUUUUAAUGGCUGUUUCUCCUUUUUUUUUUUUUUUUUUUGUAUUUAAAUCCUCUAUACUUGACUCAGGGGCUACAAGGAAUAUACCAUUAUAUGCAAAAGUACUGUAUAUUUUCCUAAAUCUGAAGCUUGUAAGGUAAAGUUGAGCAGUUCUGAUGUAAAUAUAUAUAUACACACACUAACUGUAUGUUCCAAAUGUAAAACUGCCAGCAUUCUCAAGGCACCUUAUAUUUUUAUUUUUUUUUUAAUAACAUGCAUGUUCUGAAAUUACAGUUUACGUUGCAUGGAGAUUACCAUUUACUGCUGUCAUGGAAAUAGUAUUUUACUGUGGAUAUGUCUUCAGAGCAAAUAGGAGACCAAUAACAAUAAUUCACAUAGAAAAACUCCUACCUGACCAAGCUAAAAUUCAAGAAAAAUGCUCUUCUAGCUCACUUUUGAAACUUGAUUUAUCUUUCUUGUAGUGAGCUUUUUGUACUACAUCACAAUGAGUCUGAAUCUGAAGAAGGAAUAGGGUAACCAAAUCUUCUGAGUUUGAAACAAUUAGGACAGAGAACACAGCCUCCUUUCAAACUAGUUAAAGUAGGGUAGUAUUUUAACAGAGAGGAAAACUGCCAUGUGGUGCAAAGUAUCACCAUAGGUCACAUCCACAAACUGCAUUAAAUUGAAUCAUUUGUUUCCAUCACAUUUUGGGUUUUGAUUUUUGUACUGUUAUUUUUUAAAUUGCAUCAUAGAAUUCAGGUGUGAUGAGCAGACAGGUGCUUUUCAUCUGUCACACAAACAUAAUCAAAUGCAAUAAACCUAAUUUCUAUGUAAUGCAGAAGACUGUGUUCCUUUUGUUCAAUACAAAUUAUUAACAAUGUUUUAAUUUAAAAAUAUUUUACACAUUUUUUUUUUAAUAAUUAUUAGGGUGGCUGUUUGCAGUUACCUCUUUGUACUGACUGGCCCCUCUACAAUGCUCACACACACACUCACACCCCACAGGUGCUGUGGACGUGUGCAUGUGUGUAUUUUAUAGCUGUACAUAGGUGUGUAUGUAUGUGUAUGUGUAUAUAUAUUUAUACACACACAUACACACAAGUGUGUGUAUAUACCUACACUUACAUGUAGGAGUAUAGAUAUAGAGCUAUAUAUAUAUAUAUGUAUAUAUGUAAAAUCACUUUCAGGAACAAUUGUAAACUUUCUUAUUACAAAAUGAGUAAGCUUAGCUUGUGUCCAAAGCUGACUACAUUAGAAUAAAAUGAUCUAAGGUCUGUAGGCUUUAAAUACAGUAUGUACUGUAUGUGCAUAAUGCUUUGUGAAUACUUAGAUUUAAUUUUAUUAAAAUAUUAUUCUGCUUCAAAUGUUGUGUUUCUUUUAGAAGGAAAUUAUGUUUUAAUUACUGCUUUCAAAUAUUUUUACAUAUCCAUUAUGAUUUUCUAAUCUUAUAGUUCUAAUGUGAAAUUCCUCUAGCAUGAGUACUGUUUACAGAAAAGCGUGUAAUCCAGUUAGAGUGGGAGCACAUAAAUUUUACCUAAAAUCAAGCUAAACCCCCUGUCCAAAAUCAGUGCUACAGAGAGAUGCAAGAGUGACUGUCCCUCACAUAGAUACAUUCCUUGUAUGUUGGGGUCAUAAUCAAACGUGACACUUCAGUCAUACACAGCUGGUAGAUAAACCCAAGGUGGGUAAAUCUUUCGUCAUUUAAAAUUAGUGUGAGUGUUAAGCUACUGAGCAUGGCUCUGCUUUACAUUUGCUUUUAAGGAUACCAAAAUAAAUUAAGUCAAUACUUUUGUCACUCAAAAGAUAAACCAACCCUUCCCAUACAAGAUCAAAUUUUCUACUGCCUCAUACUACUCUUGAUUGUUGAAAGGUCCAAAUGGUAAAACAGGCUGACUGUUCUACCGCGAUGACAGGAGGGCUGAACUGCUCCGUGCCUUGCAGGGUCAGAUGCUAGUACCAGGAACAUUAAUCCACAAAUGCCAGAGGUUUAUGUCCAAAAAGGAGACAGAGGACUCCUGCAACUUGAUUAGAAUAAAGGGAAGGAGAGUCCCUGGGGCACACACCCGUGGGGUUUUCUCUCAGUUUCGGAGGUGCAGCCUCCUUUUAUCCUGAACUCCCGGCCACACGUUGCCCCCUUCCUUACCCCACUGGCUGAGAAACUAGAAAGGUACAGCCUUCCCAAACUCCCUACCACAUAUUCCCCCUUGAACCUGUCAUUUUACCCUGACAUUCAGGCUCGUGCAGACCCUUGCCUGUUUCAGGAGCAAAGCUGUCUGGGCUCUGCAACAAACUCGCUGCUUGAGGUUAGUAAAGACAUUGAGACCCAUUUCAAAGGCCUUACCACCCAUACCCUCACCCAUGGAAUUGUUUGUAAAGACAUUAGCACACAUCUUUCCUCCCACUAGGGACCAGUCAGAAACUCUGCCUGCAUAUACUUCAGUGGAAACAAGAGUGUUGGAUAACAAAUACCUUCUGUGAGGUUUUGUUGUUUGGGUUUUUUUAAAUAGCAAGGGUUAAGGACUUCUGCUCUAUCUCAGCCUGGUAACUAACACUCAUGUCUGUUGCAAGAAACAAGUAAGCACAUUUUCUAAAAAGGCAUUUGUUAUGCUACUUUCUAAA